UUAUCAUCAUGGCAUCACCAAUCAGAUUCGUCCUUUCGUAUCUCUCAUCCCCUUAAGUAGGAACUUCACGUCACUUCACGGCGUGAUAUGAUUCAUCGAGUUAUUUCGUAGCUGCAAAGUUGCACCAAGUCGCACGCGCAGGAGUGCAGUGGAGUGGAGUGUCUGCGCGAGCCGACCGUGUUGACAUCUAGGAAGUUUAAGAUGUCGGGGAAUGUUUUGUGCUAUGAGCCGCUGGUAUGUUCGCGGACGAAAUGACUUGCUUGUUGUGGCGCCCGUCAGCUAAAUUCCGGCCUAAGUUAAAUCCCAAAGUGCUGUAAAAGUGUCGCACCGCCGGUGGGACCGUGCCAGGUCGUCCAGUCGUCAUUUGCCACCGACGCCGACGCCGUCGCCGAGCGGGGACUGGGGAGUACGAGAUAGACCGAGGGUAGAAGAGAGUAAGAGACGAGACGAAGGCGCCGAGAACUGGUGCCACAGUGUUUGUGUGUGCGCGCGUACCACUGCCAGGACCUGAAGGUAUCCGUGAUCCCGAGAGUCGCGUUCCUCUUUUCUUAUUUCUCUUUCCGGUUGUACCGAGCGGACAGGUGAAUUUAAUCGUCGCGGAGGGCGGACGGAAUUAGGUGGACGGUGGAGGUGAAACGCGGGACGAUACACACGUGGUGACGAUUUUUCAACAAUCAUCUCAGCUGUGAUGGGAGCCAAGGCGAGUACCGUGGCACAAUCCGCUGGUGGCAACGGUCAGUCCUCCACUGGAGCCAAUGAGACCACGAUGCAGGGCUUCUCUAUGCUUCGCUCCCUGCCUGGUGGUGUGGGUAUGCUUCAGCAUCAACAUCAGCAGGCCAAUCAAUCGCAGAAUUCGCGUAUGUCCGGAGACAGUAGACAGCGUGCACGCUCCCUGAGUUCCGUGCCGGAUCUCUCCUCUGCCGAGCAGGCUAGCCUCUCCACCUCGGUCGGGGUAGGAGUUGGCCAGGCCCUCGGUCUGCCGCAGCUCGACUCCGACGACACCGACGAGGAGAGUGGUCGCGUCUACGCCGCUCACAGCUUGCCUUCACACAUUUGGUCCCUUAACGGUCUAAAGUGUCCUGUAUGCUCCAAGUUUAUUCUGCCGGAUGAUAUCGAGUGUCACCUGGUCAUGUGCCUGACCAAGCCACGACUCAGUUACAAUGAGGAUGUGCUGACGGAUGGAAAAGGCGAAUGUGUCAUUUGUUUGGAGGAGUUACAAUCUGGAGAUCUAAUAGCCCGCUUGCCCUGUCUCUGUAUAUAUCAUAAAAACUGUAUUGAUAAGUGGUUUCAAGUGUGA